UCGGACCGGCACUUCUGGCGGUCAAUUCGGCUGGAUCGAUACCGUCACCUCACCGACGCUGGCCUUGCUGCCAUAGGCCGGAAGCGACCCCAAGAGUUGCACCUCGUCUACUGCCGUGGCGAUUCAGUUACCACGAAAGUCUAUGGGCCAGCCAAGAAAAGUCUUGAAUACACCCAGCAGCGUCGCAGCGGAAGAACCCUGCAGUUGUCUGCGGAGACAGCUCCUGUCAGGGGCCUUAAUGAUUAUUCGUUCCGCCAACUACGACAGAUGACGGCAAAAUCGGCUAGAGAGGACCGGAAGCAAUACUGGACUGAAAUCGCGACUUCCAUCAAGCAGGCCUCGAAAGUUGAUAAUACUCGAAAACUCUACCAACGUAUUUGCCAGGUUAGUAGUAAGCUGUCUUUACUGAGUGAUUCAGUUCGUGAUGUGAACGGCGGCUUUAUUGGUGACAACGCGACCAAGGUCGAGCGCUGGUGUGAGCACUUCGAGCACCUCUUUAAUUUCGAUACGGAGCCCGGCACCCCCUGGUCUCUUCUACAGCAGUCUCCUCCCCCUCUCACCUAUCCAGUGUCAUGCGAUCCGCCUUCUGAAGGAGAAAUCGCCGAUAUCAUAAAAAGGUUGCGUAACAAUAAAAUGCCUGGAGAGGACGGUAUAAUCGUGUCGACACUCUGGCGCCUUGGCUCCAUGAGGUGA